AUGGAUAACGACGACCCCACUCAGCCGGAGCAGACUGCUCAAGCCCCCGAUGCAGGGCUUGCUUGCAACUGCUGUCGGAAACGUAAGCUUCGAUGCUCACGGGAGACGCCAAUCUGCGAACACUGUCGCAAGACAGGACAAGAUUGCGUCUACGAGACAAAGCGCGCCAGACCUGGCAUGAAAGGCGGCGCCAUCGAAAACGUGCACAAACGGCUUGAUACAUUGGAACGGACGAUCUCAAAACAACAGAAAGAGUUAGAAAACCUUCGCGACAAAGAGGCAUCAACUACUCAGGCGAGCUCACAACAAGAAGCUGUAGAUAGACAGAGUCUACUAUCCUCUCUUGCCCGCGAGAUAUGCAAACUCGGCAAUCCUACUCUUACCGCUUCUCCAGAAGCUUCUAUUGAUUCGACAUGUAAACGUCGUCGAACAGAAAAACAUGUCGGGUAUCGAGAAAGGUCUCAGUAUGCCGUCAAUCAGCCAGGUUUACCCGAUGAUGCCAUCCUAGAUCUGGUCAUAGACGCGUACUUUCGGCAGAUACACCCAUGGAUUCCAAUGAUACACGAGGCCCGAUUUCGCCAAAGACGUCAAGAUCAUGGGGACGACCGAUGUCUGCUCCCUGUCCUCCAAGCCAUGAUGUUAAGUGCCUCGUAUCAUGUUCCCAGGAGAGACAUCGCCGAAAUAGCACAGAGUCUCAUUGACGACCAAGAAGCUGUGAGAGACUGGGUGGUAUCCAAAGCUACCAAGAGUCUGACAGUGGAGAACCUACAGGCCCUAAUAAUUAUUUGUUUUCGCGAUAUUGGUGACGGAGAGGAGUGUCGAGCUUGGUCACUCAUCGGUGCUUUGACUCGUAUGGCUGGAUAUCUCCAACUCACAAUAGAAAGCGAGGAAGCAGACCGCUCUUCAUUUUCUCAACCAAAUACUUCCCUAAAUCCGCCACAAGGAUGGACAGAAGCUGAAGAGAGAAGAAGAGUCUUCUGGUGUGUCUUCAACCUAGAUCGAUUCUGCUCCUUCACCACAGGCUGGAAUACUAGCCUUACCUCAGAUGAUGUAAACCGCCGAUUGCCCUGUGACGGAAUAUCAUGGAGGAAAGAAGAGUCUGUAUCGACCCCAUACUUUGGGAUUUGGGAUAAAUCAGCCGCACGCAUUGGAAACCCCAUCGCGUUUCUCCCUUCACAUUCUGCCACUGUACCGGCUACCACUGAUGAAGGUGGUUUUACACCUUCCGAAGCAACGGCAUCACCGGGAGCAGCAGCGUCUUCUGUUGAUAUGUCGACAGUCGGGGCUUUUGCGUAUUGUAUCGAGGCAACCGAGUCAUUGAGUCGCGUCACGAGUUAUUUCCUCCAGCAGAAAGUUAAUAUCAAGGAUCACAAUGAUCUCAGUGGUUGGCUCACUCGCUUUAAGGAGCUUGACGUACGACUGGUACACUGGAAGAUGCUCCUCCCCAAGAAAUGGAAAGUGAAUAUUGCUCAGCAAUCGUCAAGGAUGGAUCCAAACCUUACGCUAGCGCAUGUCACGCACAAUGCAUCUAUGAUACUACUCCAUCAGCCCAUCGCCUUUCCUCCUCUAAACUGGACUUUCCGAACAAGACUACCAAGUUUCUGUAGCCUCGAUACUUGCCAAGCGGCUGCUAUCGAGAUCGCCACCAUAACGAAUCAUUACUUGCAGAUUGCUGAGCAUAUAGGGCCUCUCAAUAAUCAAUAUUCUUUUUGUGUAUACCUUGCGGCCAGAGUUCUGCUUUUACUUUGGCGGUGUCAUGCAACUGAAUCUUUAUCAUCCGAGUUCUGGGUAUUGAUACAAAACCUAGAGACCAUGGCUGAACGAUGGGCGGGGCCCCAUCAGCUCGGGCCUAAGGAGAAUCUUGCAUCCAAGUAUCAGGCUGUUCUUGUUGACUUGCAUACUCGAUGCGUUCGAGAAGCAUCUUUCAAUAUCAACCCUUCGGCUUAUACAACAGAGGUUAAUCACUCUCGGUCAAUCUCAAAACUAUUGAAUGCGGCUCCGAGAUUUCAAGGUCAUCAACUCGCUAGACAUCCAGCUGAAGAGAAUGGGGGACCCUCAUUCACGGGGAAUGUAUCAGCCAACGCGUACUACCCUGGUACGACUUCUAGCAUAGCCAAUGACCAAGAAGGGCAAAGCUGUAGUGUAGGAAGCGGAGAUUUGGGGAUGAUUUCCCAGAUGCUCCUUGAUACCGAGUUUAUUGAUAUGGAUCGCAUUAUUAGCUUUGAUGAUGGCAUCUUUGGCACUGAACACGAGAGCGGGUGCUUCUGA